AUAUCCGGGGAGUGUUGCUGAAUCCGUUAGAGGCGAGUUGAUCAGAUGGCUGUGAACGUCGGCGGCCUUCUUGUUGGCGCCUUGAGUGCAGUGUAAGUCGAAAAGAGAGCAACGCCGACAUCCAUGGGCAUCAAGGUCAUCGUGCUGUGGAUGUUUCUGGCUUGAAACGCUGCAGAUUCAAUGGAUCCUUUGCUGCCGUCAUGAAGUAACUAGGCGCUGGCUGCACUGCAUUCAUCGACGGGGGGACUCAUCUGUGCGUGCUUGGCUCUGAUGCUGCCUGUCUGCCUGGCUGUGUGUGUGUGUGUGUGUGUUUCUGGCUGUCUUACAUUCGCAGGUUCGUCCGUGUGCAGCUGGACGAGAUGGUACGAUCCACCAACGGAGGAAAUGUCAUUCAUUCGCAGCUGCAUUGGCAAUGCCCGUUGUCUGGCCGACCUUCCAGGUGUUCAUGACGUACUGCUGCCUCGGCGUGGCGCUCAGCUCCAUCAUUGCACUGCUGUUCCUGCCCCUCAACGACACGAUUGCGGGUGCGGGAGUGGGUACCAGCCUCGCCUUCACCUCGUAUGGGUUGGCUGCCGGCGCCUUGCUCGUCGGUGCGUUCACCUUCUCCUUCCUAGCUGGUAGGUACGAACCAACCAACCAACCAACCAACGAACGGACAGACAGACAGACAGACAGACAGACAGGCGGCCUCACCCCAUUAGCGAAGAAGCGCAGCGCGUGAGUCGUUCGUUCUCUAUCGUGCUGGCUGUGCCUGUCUGUCUGUGUCAUUCAUAAAUUUCAGUCGCGAAGGCGGGUGUGUCGAUAGGUCAGGGUGUAUGGUGCGGGACGGCCAUCAUCGUGUCUUACCUAUGGGGCACUCUGGCAUUCGGCGACGUCAUUACCAAUGUGCCCCUCAACCUCAUUGGCUUGGUUCUCCUUCUCGUCGGCUCCACGGGCAUCGCUUUCUGCCAGGAGCUGCCCAGAUUGAUGGCGCAGACAUUCACCACCAGCGGCACCACUGCUGGCAGCGGCGCCAACGAGCAGCAGAUGCGGCAAGAGGACUCCAACCAGCGGGAGCCCCUGACACGCGACACAGAUGACGCAGACAGGGGGCGGCCAUCGUCCCCUCAUCAUUCGUCAAGCAAGCUGGUGGGGCUGGGUGUGUCGGUCCUCACUGGGGUGUUCGGCGGUUCCAUCCUGGUGCCCAAGCACUACGUCCCCAAGAGUGCCGACGGGAUUGCCUUUCUGCCGUCAUUUGCCGUGGGUGUGGUGGCCUUCAUGGUGCUAGUCAUGGGCGUCUAUGUGACGGUCAUCACCAAGCGGCGUGUGCAGUGGCAUGUGCAGGCGGCGCUGCUGCCCGGCCUCAUUAGUGGCUGCCUGUGGAACCUCGGCAACAUCUGCUCGAUAGCGGCCAUCCCAAGGCUGGGCUACUCGGUGGCCUAUCCCUUGCUGCAAUGCGCCCUGCUUAUCUCUGGGUCAGUCAGAGUGCGUUGGUGAAGAAAAACGAUGCGCAGCAUAGAAUGGGCAUGGUGUGCUUGUCUUCUUCUCGACUCGACAGGCUGCUGGGCAUUGUGGUGUUUCGCGAGGUGCGGCAGCCGGCGGCCGUGAGCUGCUUCUGGGGCUCAAGCAUUGUGCUCAUCUUGGGCGCCGUGCUGCUGUCACUCUCCAGCCAUCCCAAGUAGCUAGCUGCGAUAUGAACAGACAUGAAGAUAGACAGACAUACAGACAGGCGGAGAUAGUAGACAGAGGGAGAUAGAGGCAGAUAGAGGGAGACAGAGGGAGAGGAGGGGAGCGGUUGGUAAAGAGAUGGAUACUUUCUGCGGUAGCUAGCCUAAGCGCACAGAGGGCUGUGAAGACAAAUGUGAUGUAAUGUGAGGAAGGAAGAGAAGGGCAGCCAUGCUAUCUGAUAUCGAUGUGUGUGAUGUGUAUGUGUAUGUGUGUGUGUGUGACGGUGUGUCUUCUUUUAUACGUCUGUACAGCCCCCCGAGUACCCAUGCGUAGCAUGGGACGCUCGGUCCCUGCGUCAAUCGCUCAAUGCUC